GUGUAGUGGGGGAUGGGCGCGGACUCUGUUGUUAUGACUGGUACUUGGCUGCGGGACAAACUUCCAGAGGCCUUGCUAUUUUUCAUUUUCGUCUCAUCGGUCGGCUCGGCGGGGAUAUGUGACUUCGUUUCAUCGUGAAGCUGUCAAAAGAAACCGGAGCUCAUCCUCAAAGCUGCACGGGGACUUAACGACGUUGGCAAACAACGGGGUGUGCUUUUCGAAAAUAGGGGGUUGAGCAUUCUUGAGGGCAACAGAGCGAUGAUGCGCGCCUAAAGAUAUCUUGAUCACAUGGGCUCCUCUAGUGUGCUGACCAAAUGGUUUAAUGACCGGGACUAAAAAUGAGCAUAAGCAGUGAUGAGGUUAAUUUCCUGGUUUACAGAUACCUGCAAGAGUCUGGCUUCUCACACUCAGCAUUCACCUUUGGCAUAGAGAGCCACAUCAGCCAAUCCAACAUCAAUGGAGCCCUGGUGCCCCCUGCUGCCCUCAUCUCCAUCAUACAGAAGGGCCUGCAGUACGUGGAGGCUGAAGUUAGCAUCAACGAAGAUGGAACCUUAUUUGAUGGCCGUCCCAUUGAGUCGCUGUCGCUGAUUGAUGCAGUGAUGCCAGAUGUUGUGCAAACCAGGCAGCAGGCCUACAGAGACAAGUUGGCCCAGCAGCAACAGCAGGCGGCAGCAGGCAGUGGCAGUAGCACUGGCCCCCAGGGAGGCACUAAGAACGGGGAAGGUGCAGCCAAUGGGGAGGAAAAUGGAUCCCAUGCCUUAGCCAAUCACCAUUCCGAGAUGAUGGAGGUGGAUCGGGAUGUAGAAAUACCCCAGAGUAAAGCCAUGGUCCUCAGAGGUCAUGAAUCUGAAGUUUUUAUCUGUGCCUGGAAUCCAGUCAACGACCUGCUGGCAUCUGGGUCUGGAGACUCGACCGCUCGAAUCUGGAACCUGAGUGAGAACAGCUCGAGUGGGUCCACGCAGCUGGUUCUGAGGCACUGCAUACGGGAAGGUGGCCAGGACGUACCCAGCAACAAAGACGUCACCUCACUAGACUGGAAUAGUGAGGGCACGCUCCUAGCAACAGGCUCAUAUGAUGGCUUUGCGAGAAUAUGGACAAAAGACGGUAACCUGGCCAGUACUUUGGGUCAGCACAAAGGCCCCAUAUUUGCACUCAAGUGGAAUAAGAAAGGAAAUUUCAUCCUUAGCGCUGGGGUAGACAAGACCACAAUUAUUUGGGACGCCCACACAGGAGAAGCAAAGCAGCAGUUUCCUUUCCACUCAGCGCCUGCUUUGGACGUAGACUGGCAGAGUAACAACACGUUUGCCUCCUGCAGCACAGACAUGUGCAUCCAUGUCUGCAAACUGGGUCAGGACCGACCUGUCAAGACGUUCCAGGGGCACACGAAUGAGGUCAACGCUAUCAAGUGGGACCCCACUGGCAGCUUGCUGGCCUCCUGUUCCGACGACAUGACCCUAAAGAUAUGGAGCAUGAAACAGGACAUGUGCGUCCACGACCUUCAGGCGCACAGUAAAGAAAUCUACACCAUCAAAUGGAGCCCUACGGGACCUGGGACCAACAACCCCAAUGCCAACCUCAUGCUGGCCAGUGCGUCAUUUGACUCAACAGUGCGUCUGUGGGACGUGGAGCGUGGGGUGUGCAUCCACACACUGACCCGCCACCAGGAGCCUGUGUACAGCGUGGCCUUCAGCCCUGAUGGCAGACACCUAGCCAGCGGCUCCUUUGACAAGUGUGUCCACAUCUGGAACACUCAGACUGGUGCUUUAGUCCACAGUUACCGAGGGACAGGAGGGAUCUUCGAGGUGUGCUGGAACGCCACCGGGGAUAAAGUAGGAGCAAGCGCAUCCGACGGAUCCGUUUGCGUAUUAGACCUGAGGAAAUGACACUCGUACGGGGGAGCCAUGGACCGACUACGAAUGUGUACAUAGCCAAAAUGACUGACUGUCCCUGCCUGUCCACCACACUGCUGUAGUCCCACCUGACGCCAUGGCCUGCCAUUACAGCCAAACAGAGCGCUGCCCCGCCCACACCUUCAAACACCCAUUCAAGGACCACAUUCUUGCCACCUCCGCUCGUUUGGCACAUGUGUGAGACUUUCAAGAGAAAAGGGGGCGGGGGGGUCACUUUCUGUUCCAACCAGUCAGACCCGUCACAUGCAAAACCAAAACAGCGGAAUUCCUCUCGUUUCCUCUUUUUAUCCUUUGUACCAGAAUUCUAAAGAUUUUUGUUCUCUGUUGGUGUGUGCAUAUUGCAUAUGUCAGCAUUUGGUGUCCUGUGGACAUUGUUUUGAAAUUGGAUUUUACUGUAAGUUUUAUAUUGUGUGCUGGGGAGAGAAUGGAGCAAGAGGAUGUUUGUUUUUACAACGUGGCACUCUUCAAAGUUCAAACAUGCAGAUGUACAGCUGACACGGUACAACGGUUUAUCAUUUUUCUAUUUUUAUCCAAUAGACUUGUUGCAUUUUUUGCCAUUGUAAACUAAAUAUAAACCAAUUAAUCAAAAGAUGAAAUGUGUUGCUUGCAUCUUUUGCCCUGAAAAAGCAUUUUCGGGGGUCUUCACCAUCCAUCCAGUUUAAAAAAAGACGACAACACACACAAAAAAAAAGGCUGAGAGAGAUUCUACAGUAUGUGUUGCAGCAUCACGUCGGUCUGUGUGUGCGUCAUUGUGAAGGACUGUGGCACAACAACGGCUUGCUUUCUGGUGGAGGCGGCUAAACGGGCCCUUUUACCGCUUGCAUCCUUUUUUUUGUGGGUGUGUGCGCGCUUUGCUUCCUCAGUUCAUGGCUCGCAGCAAAGUAAUGCUGAAUGAUAAUCAGACUAAAGCCCUCGAAAGUGUGUCUCGCUCGCCCGCUCGCUUAAGAGACAUCACCUUGUGGGGGCGCUUGGUCUUUGAACACACCUGUCCGCUACUUCAUAUCACAUUUUGUCCUGUCUGGGUCACAUCUGACUGCACUUCUCUGAACCAGAGUGGGCUUUUUGUAUUCCACCUUGGUUUGAGCAGCUGCCAACACACACACACACACACACACACACACACACACACACACACACACACACUCUGCAGACGGGCUAUGCUCAAGCCUAUGCACGGAUAGACGGCGCUUUUCCUUUUCGUUGUUGUUCAAUGCAAGUGAAUUCAGUACAUUUUCGUCUGAAACACGACGGUGUGAUGAUCUCGUGCGUGACCAGGGGCCGUGACCAUGAAGAAUGUUUUUUGUUUUGUUUUUUUUGCUUUUUGAAAAAUAAAAUAAAAUAAAAAUACCAUUAAACAGUCAUUGAAAAAUUGAACUAGCUGCCCUUCAAAAGGGUUUUCCUUUCCUGCACUUUAGAGUAAAAUGGCGAAACAGGGGAGGUGUGUUUACUCGAGUGAGCACAUCUGAUGUUCAUCUGUGGUUCCAGUGAGAUUCGAGGGUUUUUCAAAUCGCAUUUCGUUCGACUCCUGGGAAAUGUUGACGCUGACAUCUGCAUUCCAGGUUCUCACCUCACAGCCAUAAACAUCAGCUCGAUACACAGACGUGGAGGUUUGGGGAGAAUGUUACUCGUUUUCAAAGUUUUCUACUAUUUUGAAGUUUGCUUUAAUGGUGUUGAUGUUGACUGAACUGUACUACAAAAUACACAAUUUCAAAUGAGGUCCAUGACAGUGGAAUGGUAUUUUUUAAUGUUUGUUUUAGAUGAGCUUUAUACACUGCAUUCAAGUGUUAGCUUUGUCUUUUUUUUUCCUCCCCCUACCUCCCCCUUUUCGUUUGUUUUUUUUUUUCCUUUCCAUUCUUUUUUUUUUUUUUGUUCCUACCGAAAAUACUAACGUCGAUUCUUCUAUCUUGGCUAUGUUUGAGAGCCCGUGAAGGUUUUGUACUCCUCCACAACUUUUGUAAUUCAGAUUGAUUUGUAGCUACGUACUCAAAAUGAACACACCCAAAAAAAAAGACAAAACGAUCAAAUCUGGAUAAUUAUUGAUGUAUCACAGAAAAUGUAAAUACAAGUUUGAAAAUCUUUUUUUCUUUUUCUUGUGAUGUCUUUGCCCUCACUUGCGUUUUACUCACUCACAUGGUUGCAGUCUGACUGUUGGAAUAUCAGUCAGAUCUCAAGGUCUAGAAUAAAAUCUAUUUUGAUAAUAUCACGCUGUGAUUGUGUAUUUUUUUUUGUUUUGCACAAGCAAAUUUACUAUUUCAUGAUAAAGGUCAUUUACAAUUUGAUAUAAUGAAUAAUUCAGUAAUUUACUAUUUAAUUAGGAAUAAAAACAUACCAUUUAAGUUUU